GGAGGAGGGAGCGUUUGCAGGCAGCGGGGAGCGGCGAGUGUGCGGCUGCAAAGGAGCGGUGCGAGGGAAGGAUGAAGGUCUCUCCCCGCUGCCUCCAGACCAGGCGCUGAGGGCGAGCGUUGGGGCAGCGUGGCAGGGGGUGGCCUGCUGUCCCUGUCCCCCCACCCCCAAAGGGACAAGGACGGACCCCCCAGCUUUGGCAGGUCCAACGCAACCCCGGCCCUUUGUCUGCCGACGGGGGCUCUGCCCGAGCCAGAUGUGCGGGCAGCUGUGGUGGGGAGCAGGCAGGCAGAUGACAGCAACGCUGGGAGACGGGAGGAGAGUCCAAGGGAAUGACCUUGAGGAGGAAGCCGAAAGAUGCAGCCGGGUGCAAAAAUGAAUCACUUGGGGAGGAAGAAAAGGCGAAGCUCUGACUGAAGGCACCAGCCCUGGUCGUGGGUGUUAUGUGCUCUUGGUGAGGGGGGCCAGGCAGGGCAGCCGGCAGCAGGGGCUGAUCGGUGCCAGGGGCUCGCAUGGAGCAUCUUCUCCCACGGAUGCUGUCCCCAUCCGGCUGUCGCCCCAUGCCCUGCUCUGGAUGCGCCCUGUGAACCAUUCCUGCCUGGGAGGAAGCUGGUCCCACCAGCCGAAAAUGAGACGCUUCCAAACCAGCUCGCUUCUGCUCUGCGUGGUGGCUGCCGCCGCCAUCCCCAUCGUGCCCUGGAAGGUCAAAUGCCCACCGCAGUGUGUCUGCCAGAUCAGGCCGUGGUACACCCCCCGCUCGGUGUACCGGGAGGCUGCCACGGUGGACUGCAAUGACUUGUUCAUCUCCGCCGUGCCUGAAGACCUGCCGGAGGGGACUCAGACCCUGCUCUUGCAAAGCAACAAUAUCGCCAGGCUCGAGCAGAGCGAGCUGGACUAUCUUAGAAACCUCUCGGAGCUGGACCUGUCGCAGAACAGCUUCUCUGAUGUCUGGGACUUUGGCCUGAAGAGCAUGCCCCAGCUGCUCAGCCUGCACUUGGAGGAGAACCAGCUUUCUGAGCUGCCCGAUGGCAGCUUCCCCGGGCUGGGCAACCUGCAGGAGCUCUACCUGAACCACAACCAGCUCCGCAGGAUCGCUCCCCGCGCCUUCUCCGGCCUCGGCAGCCUGCUGCGCCUCCACCUCAACUCCAACCUGCUGAGGACGGUCGACAGCCGCUGGUUCCAGAUGCUCCCCAGCCUGGAGAUCCUCAUGAUCGGAGGCAACAGGGUGGAUGCGAUCUUGGAUAUGAAUUUCAGGCCCCUGUCGAACCUGCGGAGUUUGGUUUUGGCUGGGAUGAACCUGAGGGAGAUCUCGGACUAUGCACUGGAAGGGCUGCGGAGCCUGGAGAGCCUCUCUUUCUAUGACAACAAGCUCGUGAAUGUCCCCAAGCGGGCGCUGCAGCAAGUUCCUGGCCUCAAGUUCCUGGAUCUGAACAAAAACCCAUUGCAGAGGGUCAAGCAAAGCGACUUCACAAACAUGCUGCACCUCAAAGAGCUGGGGCUCAACAACAUGGAGGAGCUGGUGUCCAUAGACCAGUUUGCCUUGAUCAACCUCCCCGAGCUGACCAAGCUAGACGUGACCAACAACCCCAAGCUGUCCUUUAUCCACCCCAACGCGUUCCACCACCUUCCCCAACUGGAAACCCUCAUGCUCAACAACAAUGCCCUAAGUGCCUUGCAUAAGCAGACGGUCGAGUCCCUGCCCAACCUGCAGGAGAUCAGCAUCCACAGCAACCCCAUCCGCUGCGACUGCGUCAUCCGCUGGGUCAACAGCACGGAAAACCACAUCCGCUUCAUUGAACCCCAGUCCACGCUGUGCGCCGAGCCCCCCGACCUCAAGAGGAGGCACAUUCGGGAUGUCCCCUUCCGGGAGAUGACGGACCGGUGCCUGCCUCUCAUCUCCACCAAGAGCUUCCCUUCCCGCUUAGAUGUGGCGGACGGUGACAAUGUCUCCUUGCAUUGCCGAGCUCUGGCAGAGCCAGACCCGGAGAUCUACUGGGUCACCCCUUCGGGGGUGAAGCUGAUCCCCUACGUGGAAGACGGGCGGUACAAGGUGCACCCCGAAGGGACGCUGGAGAUCCAUGGGAUCUCGGCUCGGGAGGCCGGGCUGUACACCUGCGUGGCGCACAACCUCCUCGGGGCAGACACCAAGAGCGUCAGCAUGACGGUCAACCACUCCUUCCCGCUCAGCGAGGACAGCCUGGAGCUGGUGGUGGCGGACGUCCAGGCCUACCACAUCCUGGUUGCCUGGAAGCCGCAUCUCAACACCGUCUCCUCCAACCUCACCUGGUCCAGCUUCUUGCUUCGCUCCAACUUGGACACGACCAACGUGGCCCGGAUCCCCAUGGGGACCCACACAUACAACAUCACCCGGCUCCACCAGGACACGGAGUACUGGGCUUGCCUCCACGUGGCCUUUGUAGACUUGCAGGCCAAGGUGGCUUGCGUCAACGCCAGGACUAAAGAGGCUGCCCACCGCUACUGGCUCCUGGAGGGCAGGCAGAGCCUCCUGACGGUGCUGGUCCUCUGCCUCCUGCUCCUUGCCGCCAGCCUCGUAGCUCGCUACGGUGUCGGGGCAGAGCCCAGGAGGGCCGGGGAGCUGCUCCGGGGUGGCACGGCUUUGCGCGUGGUCUAUCCCCCCCUCGCCCAGCCCUGGGCUCGGGGGCAGCGGGGGGGGCAGCUCCUGGCCGUGGAGGUGCAAGCAGCCCCUCUGGACUGCUGAAGGCUGAUGAACUGGUGGGGCUGACUGCGGGGCGGGGUGGUUUGGGGUGGGGAGGGAGAAACUAUUUUUUACCAAAAAAGUAACUAAACUACGAAACUGAACAAAAAACCACAAAAAAACCCACUAAUUUAAUGGACUUGACCAAGAGUCAAAGUGGUGUGGCAGAAGGAGAGGAGCAGAGCCGGCCACGGGGCUUGCAGAGCUUCUUUGUGGUCCUGGCAGGGUCUGGAUCCAUGCGUAGGGUCUGGAUUUGUGCAUGGUGCCCGAAAGCACCCGCUGGGCAGCCGGGAGGGCUCAGAGGGGCCCGAGCCCAAGGGGGACGAUGCCCCGAGUGGUCGAAGAGCCAUACAGAUGAUCAGCAGAUCACCCCUUCCCCGUAUCCCCCUGGCACCAUGAGACACCCCAGCGGUGUCAGCUCCUUUGCUGGACAGUCCCUGUUUUGGAAAUACAAAAAAAGGCCUUUCCCUUUGGGAUACAUGUUCUUUUUUUGUUUCUUUUUUGAGAUAUUUUUUUUUGAGCACUCAGAUAAUCAGCCACAAACCCACCCCCGGCGCCUUCCCGGUGCCCUGUCGUUUGCUUGCUGCUGUCGGCCGGAGGGAAGCAGAGGGGAAAGGAGGGGACUUUGGGCAAAAGAAACAGAAAUUACAAUGGUGACACAUCUCUUAAUUGGCAUCCCUGCCGGGCUGGCUGGCUUCUGCCAGAGUUGAUUGGAUCCUGUAUCCCUCAAGAAUAAUCUCAAGGCUAUUUUGUAAACUUUUGUGGAUAAUGUUAAAAAAGAAAGAGGAAAAAUGGGAAGAAAAGGGGGGGGAGGAAGUUCUUGCUUUUUUGGUUUUGUAUAAAAAAAAAAGAAAAGGAAAAAAAAAAAGGAAAUCCUUUGUAUACUGGUGUGCAGCUGGAGGGCUUCAUGUUAGGACCCCUUGCUUCAGAUGCAGGAGGGGCUGGGGGGGGCUCUGCAGGACAGUCCCUGUGUGACAGCAGCCCCUGCACACACCCUGUGCAUCACUGUGCAUGUGAGGGGGGGGGAACGAAAACCUGCUUUCCCGGCCUGUUGCCACUUCUUUCUCUGAUAAGCAAUUAGAACUGCAAAUGAAAGGGAGCAGUGGGCAGCACCAGUCCCCCCCCCCCCGGGUUGUGUCAAACCAAGGGACACAGCAAACCCAAAUCAGUGAAGCUUGAAGGAGCCCUUCUUCUCCGGCUCGACGGCCGGCGGUGGUCCUCUCCUUGGUUAAUGUGAACAAGCCAUCCCUUUGCUUGGGCCUAAACCUAAUCCCUGCUUGUUAGAGGUAAAGAAUUUGGGGUCGGUUUAACUACAACCCUAAACAAAACGUGCCUUUACCAACACACACAUGGCCCCAAGAGACCCAGGUGCAGCCCGUGGUGUGGGCAUGGAUGCAUCCAGAACCUGGCUGGCACCUCGCUUGGGCGUCCUUCCAUGGGAAAGACCAAAAAAAUCCAUCCCAGCCUGACCUGGGGGGGUGAUGGGGUGCAGGUACCCCGUCUCUGUGCAGACGUCGUGCCCCCUCGGGCGAAGCCGGUUGUGCCAGCGCAAUUGCUGCUUGCACGGGGCUUUGAAGGGACCAGAAAACCUUGACACAGUAAAAAGCUGUUUGAACUUCUCAUUCAUCUUCCAGCCAAGGCGAGAUGGUUCCCGGCUGGAUAAGCUCUGUGCUCAGCCAGGCGCACGAAACGGCUUCUGCGCCUUUGCCGGGUAAUUAUUUCGGAGCGUAAUGGCUCUCCCCGGUCCCCGUUCAGCACACCAUCACCGCUCACCAAAGCACUUCAGCAUGUGUUCAGGACCCAGCGAGAUCUCCGGAGGCCCUAAGCACAAGCUGAAAGUUAAGUGCAGGCUUAAAUACUUUCCUGAAUUAGAGUCAUGAUCUGCUUUGAAUAUUCAGCUGCAGAGUGCCAGCCCCGCCGGCUCUGCUCAGGUGUGCAACCAUCAGUGUUUGCAGACUCAGGGCCUAAAACAGCCUUUCUCCUCUGCCUUUUGUACAGUGGGGAAACUUAAAUGAAAAAUAUAUUCCCUGUGGUUCAGCUAAAUUGGUGCUGGAACAUGUAGAAAUAGUUGCUGAGAAAUUUCCCCGGUGUAAAUGUGUCCCUGAUUUAAUCCUGCUCAUCCCAGGCAGCCGGGCAGCGCCUGCAUCUCCCAUCCCCUCCGCCAUCCCACUCCCUGCAAAAAACAUCAUCAGUUCUCAAACAAAGCAAGGACUGAGCCCCUUAAAGGCUGUAAUUUUGUAGGUGUAGAGAAAAAGCCUCUUUGAUCACGGUUAUCGUGGCUGCUGCUGCCACACUGGGAUGGGAGGUGAAGGUUCAGCCGCUGCCUGAAUUGUCUGCUCUCAUCUAAAAGCGAUGCCUGCAAACCAGAGAUUAAAAUGCAAGAUACAUGCAAUUAAUUUGAUUUCCUUUGAAAUCGGAGCGACCCGAGGAGCUCUAUGCAGUGCAUUCAGAGAGAGGCACCAGCCACUGCAGGACUCACUUCCCAGUGGGUCCCCCGCACCGAGUGUCCCCGGGUGGGUGCUCCAGCCCAGGCUCCCACAGGACGGGGGUGGCCAAAUCACCGCCCCGGUGCCCCAAAACAGGAGCUUUGCUGUGAACCGCUCCUAUCCCCUCCCUUCCUCAGAGGCCAUCAGCCGAGAGCACCGUAGGUGCCUCAUACACUAUUUAUUGUUGUUGUUAUUUAUUAUUAAAGCACCAACCAGUUUUUCCUGGGCGCCAUGCUGGAGGAAGUGCUCCAUAAACCGUUCCCUGUCCCCCGUGCCCAAGCCUGGAUGAGGCACGUGGAGCAGCUGCGGGCAGAGCCUCACCAGCACCGUCCCCUGUCACCCAGGGGGACAAGGUCCCAUCUACUUGGAGACCCUUCCUCCUACAGAGGCCACAACCGAGUGCAUCCAAGGCAGGCGGCUGAAUUAAAGCCAGCCCUUGCUGGAGGAGGCAGGGGAGAGCCAAGCGUCUCACACCAGCCCCGCAGCAUCGUUCGCCCUCCGCAUCUUGCGUUUUCCAGCACGGUUUGCUGGGGGAGCAGCCCCGGCUGCCGCCCUCCUUGCAGCACCGAGCCCCUCGCACAGGGGAGCGAUGCUCAGGCUCCUCAUCAGGAGGUAUCUGGUCAAAAAGGAACCUCACCGGGUGAAUUAUAGAGGCUGCAAAGUUUUACAGGGCUCAUGAUCGGGACUUACAGCCCAUCCUCUGCCUGGAGGCUGGAUUCUGCACCUGGCGAGGCUUUGCUACUGCUCAUAAGUGUUAUUUUGGGGUGCCAGGCAGGGGAAAGGGGACUUUUUAGGCACAGUAAAAUCUAAUUGCAUCUUAAGUUCCCUUCAAGGGGGAGCAGCCCCCCGGGCGCCGAGGCAGGCUCACUCUGCAGGGUUUUAUCUCCCAGCCCAGAGACCAAGGAUGCAGCAGGAACCAGAGAUGCUUCGGAAAGGGGGAAAGGAGUGUAUGACCCAGGAUGCUCUUGACUAGAGGGCUCUUUAAUCUGCCCCCCAAAGGCAUGGGAAGAGCCAAGGCAAGUCAAAUGAGAAACAAGAUGUUGGGGUUUUUUUAAGCAGCAGAAGUAAUUAACCACUGAAGCAGCUUUAGCGGUAGCAGGGGACAGCAGUCUCCAUUUCCGAGCACCACGCGGGGAUGCAGCUCUCAAAGAGAUGCUCUAGUGAAGAGGCUCCCAAAUUUCUCAAGCUCAGAAGACUGCCACCAACACCUGACAUCCCUCCUGGCUGCUGCCAGCCCAGCCCAGGGGUGCCAGGGGGCCCAACGAGGCAGGGCAGGCGAGCAGGGGUGCCCUCCAUCACGUCCCAGUCCCCCCCCUCCAUCCAUCUGGGAAGUCAAAGGCUUGUUUGGGAAAUGCUUCUCCUCCAGCCUGUCCCAUCAGGUCUCACCCCUGGGCAAUGGUUUCUCUCCCAUAAACCACUCUUCGUUAGCUGUUCGUCAGGUUUAAUGUCUCCUUUUUUUUUUUAUUGUUUUAUUACCUUCACUUUGAGGAUAGCAGUAAAAGUCCUCAUUUCUGCUUCUUCUGCCCUCUACCCCUCCUCCUGUUUCUCAGUGCAAACAGCAUCAUGGAUUUCAUAUGCAACUGAGCUUCUCUCGACAAAGCCAACCGAGAACAUUGCGUGCCAGGCUCUAUUUUAAGCACCUAAUAAAACUGAUUUUUGGA